AACUCGAUUAAGAAAAUCAAUCACAGAGUAUGCACAAUGCAAAGGCCACAGAAUAAGAGUAAUAUAACUACGAUAAACAUAACCUAGAAGUGCCGUUAAAGGAUUGAUAAUUAUUUUAAUUUGACGAAAAAUAUAAUUCUAUAUUCUUGUAAUCAAUUCUUUGAUUUCUAUCAUACAAACUUUGGUGAGAUAAUUAUUGUAAAUUUAUUGUAAUGCCACCUAAUAAACCAGCAGAAAAGGGCAAACCAAAAGCUGCUGGAGGAAAAUCAUCUGGCGAAACGAAAGAAUCUGCAGCAGCAAAAGAGAAAAAAGGAGGGACAGCUGUCAAAGUUAGACACAUUUUGUGCGAAAAACAAUCAAAAUGUUUGGAGGCGUUGGAAAAGUUGAAGGCAGGUCAGAAAUUUCCUGAUGUAGCAGCUGCAUAUAGCGAAGACAAGGCGAGGCAAGGCGGGGACCUCGGCUGGAUGACCCGCGGUUCCAUGGUUGGCCCCUUUCAAGAUGCUGCAUUUGCCUUGCCCAUUUCAUCAGUCACCAAUCCAAAAUACACGGAUCCUCCAAUCAAAACGAAGUUUGGCUACCACAUUAUAAUGGUUGAAGGGAAAAAAUGAAGGAAAUGUUGCUUGAAUUUGAAUACUUCUGGGCGAUACUUUUGUUAUUUAUUAUGGAAAGAAUAUGCUGUUUGCAAGAGCAAUUUGAUAAGGACUUUACAACUCUACCUGAACCGCAGAGGUCUAAUGAGUCAUUUGAUAGUGACAUCAAUGAGUUAGCAAACAGAGAGUAAGUAUAUCUCACUGUUAAGCUAUAUUGAAGUAUUUUUGGUAACCAAUUUAGAAAAAGAAAGAAGGUUUUUGUAGUAUAUAAUUUUGACUGUGGGCAAGAUUCACACUAUAUUCAGCAUGACCAAGCACCAUAUAUCAACAUAGAGACUCUGCACUAAUAAAGUGCUUCAGUUGUUUCAUACUGUCUGCCUAUUUAUUGUGUAUAUAUAUGGAAUAUAAAUAAAAAUAUUUUUGCAGUUUUGGCCUGAAGUUGAGCUUCCUGCGUCUAUGCAGGCUGAUGCACAUUUCCAUGCUCCUGUCAUUUGUUUACUUUUGCAAUAUUUGCCUCUGGUUUGCUAUGGUCAAGAAAGUACCGUCCAGAAGGGUAAAAUACAAAUUAAAAAUAGGUUAAUAAUUUAUAACACUUUGAGAAAGUGCUUUUUAUAAUGUUUCUGAAAUAAAAAAAACGUAAUAUCUAAUGUU